AUGUCGACUCCUUCCGCUCAAAAGGCCAAACCCCUUAAGACGGGUAAGGCCUUCAGGCGCAUUCGCGCAGCCAUGGUUGGAGAUCUCUACCAAGGGAACCUAUUCCCUCAAUGGGUGCGCCGAAAUGGAGGAGAGUUUCACGACAGAGUGUCCGAUAAGAUCACUCAUCUCAUUGCUUCGGAGCAGGCUUAUGAGGAGAAUGUAGAAGAAGUACAAGCUGCGAAGGCUCUUGGAACAAUCAAGAUAGUCUCUCGUGACUGGCUCACUGCUUCGCUACACGCCAACCCCAUUCGCCCAGUUCCGGAGAGACCCUUUCUGCUUGAGAACCUAAUCAAGCCGGCGAAGAAGACCGCUCAUGGCAAAAAUGGCGUGGAUAACAAAACGGACUCUGGAAUGAAGUCCCGAAUUCGCGUCAAGGAUCCAUUCAUCCAGAAGAAAGCGCCUAAGGGCUCAAAGAACGUUGCUCCACCGAAGAAGGUCGUAUCUCGCGAUCCUCAGACGGGUGCAGCCUGGGAUGCAGUACUCGUGCGCGAGGGUAAAACAAGCCGUCUCAGAGAGAGAUACCGUUUGGCAAUCUUCGAAACGUCCUCCCAGCCACCCACCUACUCAACAUUUGCAAAGUAUAGUCGCGUGGGAACGUCUUGUGUCGAGGAGCUGACUCCUACCAAGAGUGACAUGGCUACUGCUGUGACCAUCUUUAAGCAGUUUUAUAAGACCGAGACUGGAAAGGAUUGGGAGGACAAAAAUGAUACCAAUAUUCCUUCCCCCAAGACAGAUGACCAGGGGAUUGUCCUACCCGCUCACGAGGGCUGGUACUUCUACGAAAGCCAGGACAAUAUCUUUACCAGCUUCCUGAUGCAAGCCGGACCUUCUGGUGGAAGUACAGGCAGUACUAUGUCUGUCGACCAUCAAGACGCAUCCGAUGGGCCAGAGACCGGCAUGGCCCGACCUGAAAUGAUUGUUCCAGAAGCCUCUGCACAGUCAGACGAAGAUAGCGGCAACAAUGCCGAUGUUGAUUCUGACAGCACAAUUGCUGACACCUGUCAACCUGCCAAGUCUGAACCAGCAGUGGAUACUGAUAACAAGAUCGAAUCUAAAAUUUAG